AUGAACUUAUUCCUUGCCCUUUUGGGGCUCUCCACCUCCGCACUCGCUGUGCAAUCUUCAGCUCCUAAACCUAUACCGGCCCCGAUGCGGAAUCUUACAUUUGGCCAGGUUAAUUUCCUUCAUACGACCGAUACUCAUGGCUGGCUCAGUGGCCAUCCCCAAGAAGCUUCAUACGGUGCCGACUGGGGGGAUUACAUCACAUUUGCCAGCCAUAUACGAAAAAUGGUCGAGGCGGAGGGAGCAGAUUUACUCCUGAUAGACACGGGCGAUCGAAUAGAAGGAAAUGGGCUCUAUGAUAGCUCAGAUCCAAAGGGUCUCUAUACUGCAGACAUCUUUACACAACAACAUAUCGACGUCAUAUGCUCCGGCAACCAUGAGCUAUACAAGCAGAAUUCUUCUGAAGAUGAGUACCUCAUUACGGUUCCCAAUUUUAAAGGCAGCUAUCUGUCCUCAAACAUCGACAUUAUUGACCCCCAAUCCGGCCAACGUGUACCCUUAGCCCCUCGUUUCAAAAAGUUCACUACAGCGAAGCAGGGCAUACGCAUCGUGGCAUUUGGAUUCUUGUUUGAUUUCAAGCAGAACUACAACAAUACCAUUGUGCAACCUGUCGAAGAGGCAGUCAAGGAACAGUGGUUUCAAGACGCUAUUCGAGACAAAGACGUGGAUCUCUUCCUUGUGAUUGGGCAUGUUGCUGUGCAGUCGGAGGAGUAUACAACCAUCUACAAAGCGAUUCGGGGGAUGAACUGGGACACCCCCAUCCAUUUUUUCGGUGGCCAUUUUCAUAUUAGGGAUUAUGCCAAAUACGAUGAAAAGGCUUAUGGCCUUGCCAGCGGCCGGUUCAUGGAAACAAUUGGCUUCGCUUCAAUAAAUGGCGUAUCGACCGGUGGCAAGAAAUCACCAGCCUCAGCCAAUCUGUCCUUCUUCCGCAGAUACAUCGACAAUAAUCUCUGGUCCUUCUACUACCACACAGGGCUCAACGAAUCCACUUUCCCAACCGAGCAAGGCAAGAAUGUCUCGAAAAUGAUUGAGGAUGCCAGACUUGCUCUGAAUUUAGACCACACACACGGCUGCCCGACGCAUAACUUAUGGAUGUCCCGCGCGCCAUACCCCCACAAUGCAAGUGUAUACAGCUGGCUAGAAAAUCGGGUUCUUCCUGACAUCCUCCGCGCGGGUUUGCGUGCUGACAAGACCGGUAUGGCCAUCAUCAACACAGGCGCCAUCCGCUUUGACAUUUUCAAGGGCCAGUUCACGAGAGAUUCAGCCUACAUGCUAUCCCCAUUUACAUCUGGCUUCCGCUACGUCAAAGACAUACAGGUCGAAAAAGCCAAACAGGUCCUCGAGGUCCUAAAUCGGCAAAUGAAAAUACUAACCAAAAUGCCGCAGUCGACUCUUUCCUCGUCGGCUUUCCUCUCCCCGCCCGAGCAGCAGGCGAUAGACUCUGGUAUCGUUGUAAACGAUGACUAUGAUAACAACCACCAUCAGAACCAAAUCCACAUGAACAACGCACAAGAUCAAAUCCCCCUUUUCUCUAGCAACGACGACGAUGACGAAAACCCCAAUCCACCAACAAUCUGUCGCAUCCCAGGCUACACAACAAAGGACAGCGUAGGUGACGACGGCGAUGACACCAUUCACACUCCCAUCAAUUUCUAUAGUGUACCCAACUGCAUAUCAGCGAUGCUUCCUCCAUCUUCAUCUCCAUCCGCUACCGCCACUAUGUCCAGCAUUUCCGCAGACACCGACACGGUCGACUUAGUCUAUAUCGACUUUAUCGAGCCGUGGAUGGAUUUGGCGUUUAAGUUUGUCGGGUUGGAUGUUGAUAUUGAGAAGGACACUGAGACGUUUUUGGCGGGUAAGACGCUCAAGACGAUCAUUGUAAAGUGGGUGGAGGAGAACUGGAGAUGUAAAUCUACCGAUGGUGAGGAGGGGGAGUAG